AUGGCUCUUCGUCGCAGCGUUUCAUCUGUUGACGCUAUUGACGCUGCACUCUCUUUCAUUUUGGGGCUAAACUCAAACAAGGUCGCCUGGGAUCAGUGCCAGUUCAUAUGGGAUUCUCGUGGAUUGAUCGAAGCAACUACUGAUGACGAGAUGGCUAUAUUCGGCGCCAAAGGAAAGGUAAUGACACCGAAAAAUGAACUUCUCCUAUUUGAGUUACGACACUGCCUGGACUUCGGGUCGCGACCCACGUAUCGAUUCUGCGCUGCAGUGGAGGAGAAGCCUGGUGGCUCGUUGCACGAGCUCAAUUUCAGAGAUGAGGAUAUGGAAUCUGGACGCGACUGUGACUAUUUCCGGAGAAGAGUCCUGGAUCUUACCGAGCAGGCAAAAGUUGCAGGUCUUGAGAGUGCCAUGAGAUCAUUUUUAACUAGGUCUGAACAGAAUGGAGGCACCGCUUUAGUCAAUGGAGACAGCGCUUUGGUCAACGGUAGCAAGGCUCUUGUCCUGUCUUGGACUUGA